GUGCAGAGGAGGGGUGAAGAGGAGGAGGAGGAGGGAGCCGGAGCAGGAGCAGGAGCAGGAAGGAAGGCAGGCGGAGAGGGAAGGGAGGCAGGCUGUGAAUGCUAACAAGCUCCGUUGUAACCAUACAGCGCCGUAGGUAGGGUUUGAUAAAACAUCUUGCAAUGGAGAGGAGCGACGAUCACUACUGAACACCUACUAUGCGCCAGUGCCGCGUUCGUUGUGUGCGCGUGCAGCUGUCUCACCGUCGUCGGCACGUUUGAUCAGAAAACCAUCUUUUUCCGCCGAGUGAAAUGUAUCGCGACUGUUCGGGAUUCGCAUUCUGACAAUGGAGAUUGAAAAUAUCGUGGCCAACACGGUUCUCCUGAAGGCAAGGGAAGGUGGAGGAGGGAAGAGGAACGGUCGCAGCAAGAAAUGGAAGGAGAUGCUAAAGCUCCCGCACAUCAGCCAGUGUGAGGAGCUACGCUGCACUAUUGAGAGGGACUACACCAGUCUAUGUGAGAAGCAGCCGAUUGGUCGGCUGUUAUUCCGUCAGUACUGUGACACCAGGCCAGAGCUGAAGCGCUGCAUCGAGUUUAUGGAUGCUGUGGCCAUGUACCAACUAGCUCCUGAUGAGAAGAGGCGGGACUGUGGACUGAAUGUUUUAGACACAUACUUUAAUAAUGGGUCAGCGGCCCAUCUGCCAGAUAUACCCCAGGAUGUGGUCGCUGGGUGCCGGGAGAAGCUGGAGCAGAGUCCGUGUAAGGAGCUUUUUAAUGACUGCACCAAAAUAGUUCGUGAUUAUCUGAGUGGCGCUCCAUUUUCCUCCUACCAGGAGUCCAUGUACUUCUCUCGCUUCCUGCAGUGGAAAUGGUUGGAGAGGCAACCAGUAACCAAAAAUACCUUCAGACAUUAUAGAGUACUAGGAAAAGGUGGAUUUGGCGAGGUUUGUGCCUGCCAAGUACGUGCCACCGGUAAGAUGUACGCCUGUAAAAAGCUGGAAAAGAAACGAGUGAAGAAAAGAAAAGGUGAAGCAAUGGCACUAAACGAAAAACGCAUUUUAGAAAAAGUUAACAGUAGUUUUGUAGUUAGUCUAGCAUAUGCCUAUGAGACCAAGGAUGCGCUGUGCCUGGUAUUGACCAUAAUGAACGGCGGUGACUUAAAGUUCCACAUCUACAACAUGGGCAACUCCGGCUUUGAUGAGCAGAGGGCCAUCUUUUACGCUGCUGAGAUCUGCUGUGGCCUUGAGGACCUGCACCGUGAGAGGAUAGUCUACAGAGAUUUGAAACCUGAAAACAUCCUUCUGGAUGAUCGCGGACACAUCCGCAUUUCAGACCUGGGCCUUGCUGUUCAAAUUCCUGAAGGAGAGACGAUACGAGGGAGAGUGGGUACUGUUGGAUACAUGGCUCCUGAGGUGAUCCAGAACGAGAGCUACUCCUUCAGCCCGGACUGGUGGGGGCUGGGCUGCCUGAUCUUUGAGAUGAUCCAGGGCCAGUCGCCCUUUCGCAAGCGCAAGGAACGUGUCAAGCGGGAGGAGGUGGACAGACGAGUGCGGGAGGACCAGGAAGAGUACUCUGAUAAGUUUUCUGAGGAGGCAAAGGACAUCUGCAGACAGCUCCUGGCCAAGGACCCCAAGGAGCGAUUGGGCUGUCAGGGUGGCGGGGCCAUCGAGGUCAAACAGCACCCUAUCUUCAGAAACAUCAACUUUAAACGGCUGGAGGCCAACAUGCUAGACCCUCCCUUCAGCCCUGAUCCUCGGGCAGUGUACUGUAAAGAUGUCCUGGACAUCGAGCAGUUCUCCACUGUCAAAGGUGUAAACCUUGACCCCACGGAUGAUGACUUCUACCAUAAGUUUGUCACAGGCAGUGUCUCCAUCCCAUGGCAGAAUGAGAUGAUUGAGAUGGAGUGCUUCAAAGAAAUCAACGUCUAUGAGACAGACGGGACACUGUGCCCAGACCUGGACAUGAACCGACCUAACCCUCCACCAAAGAGAGGCUUCUUCUACCGCCUGUUCAGAAGAGAGGCAAGUGCUAGUGCUUCGGCAACUGUCCGAGGGGGUGGGGGCUAAGGUCUGUUUUAAGGGCGGUUACAGUGAUGACGAGAUUGAAGAGCCCUCACGAAUUUAAACCACUCCUUCCACCCUCCUCCUCCUCCACCUCUCGCCGCUGAACUUCACCACAAACUCCAGCCGAGCGCAAAUCUUAGGAACUCAGUGAAUGUUGAUCUGUAUUUAUGAGCUGUAUUAAAAGUGUAUUAUAAUUAAAGAAAAAAGUAUGAGUUUAAAGAUUUUGUACAUUUGUACUUGAAUUUAUGUCUAGAUGUAUAUUUUCACUAAGGGUUGUAUUGUAUAAAAAGCCAUAAAAGUACCACUUGAAUGCAUACGUUACAUUUUUAUUUCCUUUUUAUCUUCUUUUGGAAUGAGUAUGGAAUAUGUGUAUUGGAGUUUUUUAAUAAGCACAGUACCAGUAGUCUUUUUAUUUUUCUCAAUGUAGCAUAAGGCCAUUUUGUUUUUAUAUGUGCUUUAUGUUUGGCUUUGAUUUUGCCAACGUGAUGUUAGUGCAUCAGAUCCCAAACUAACCUUUAGCCUCUGUACCCUACAAGGCUCAGGUAGAUCCGAAUGAAGAGUAUAGAGCCAAAUGUGUUUUUCUUUUGGGUGGGGGGCAGGCUAAUAUUACUGUGUUGAUGCCAUGCUGCUUACAGUUCACCAUAUGUUCCCCAGAUGUCCACCUACCCCUUUGAUUUUGGUUUUGAAUGUCCAGAAUCUUGAUAAUCCACGUCCUUCCCGCAGUCCAAUUAGGUAGGUUGCACCAGACUGGUGUGUAGUAGGUUCCUGUACUGGUUCAGUUCUAGUAGAGAUGGCAUUUAUUUUAUCUCUGGCAGUCUUUAAGUCAGUGUGUGCAAUGUUAAGUAUCCUAAAUUAGAAAGGAUAUAUUAUGGAGCCCAUUUUCAGUGACACCAGGCCUGAUAGUUAACAUUCUUAGAUUUCUCCAAUGUUCUCAUGAGCUGCAACUGGCUUAGAACAUUCAUUUCAGAUUCAACUGUGUUACCCUAGGGAGCACAGCUGUUAACUAAAUAUGUUGCAUUAUCCACUCAGGCAGAACAUUUUUUGGUGAUUAUUAUUCUUUAUUUUUUUCUGCUUUUAUUGUGCUGCCUGGCUUUUUAUUUAUUUAUUUUUUUUGUCCAAAGGCCAAAUCCUUUCUCUUGAAUUUUCUUAGUAAUUUGCUAGCCAUACACCACAAAGCCCAGAACUGGUUGACUGGAGAAUGAGUUUGAACACAGGGACAGAUGAUGGCACUGUAACAGAUCUGACCUGCAACUAACAGUGGCUUCAUCUUAAUAAGAAAUUGUUGUUGCUUCAACCUAACUUCCAUUGAUUCAGCUGUCAGCAGCUAUUAGCUUCUGCACUGGCCUCAGUGCCCGAUGAUCAUACAGUAGAUAGCACCAUGGAAAGAUUUAAUGGCUUUAGCUGUGUUUGUGAUAAAGAUGAAGUUUGUUAAUUGUAAUAGCAUCCACCUUUAAUUAUUCCAUUUGAAUCCUGUAUGUUGUUCUCUCAUAGGAAUGGCUUGAGACAGGUCCAUGUACUGUAUUUGUGAGGAGAGUAAGGAAAUGGGGGAAUCAUGAUUAAACUUCUGCCUGCAGAGUUAUUUUCAUCUGUAUACAGGAACACUCAACUACUUAACCAGCCACAGUUAUUGUGCACUUCUUUUUAUCUUUAAAGAAGUGUUUCCUUCCAAGUUAACCAAUCAUGAACAAAUAUUUUCCAAACAUGUUAGAAUCAGUAUUCAUUGGCAUUUCAGAGGCAUUUGAAGACAUUUUGCUCUUGAGGCUGUUGCUGUUUAUUCCCCAUCACCUGUUUUAAUGCUGUGAAUACCCAAUCUGGACAUGUUAGUUUUGUGUCAAUAUUACACUGUACGCUAAUGCAGCUUUUGUUUCAAUUUGAUGCAUUGAAGUAAAUCAGAAUUAGAAUUAGUUACCUAAUAGAUUAAUUCAUUUGGAUUGUAUUUUACCCACAAAAACUGCAUUUUGUGAUAUAAUAAUUCAAGACAUGCACAGAUUUGAAUGAAUGUCUAAUAAUUCUAGGAGGCAUAUACUUAAAGUGGUACACAUACAGUCAUCUAACCAAUCAAUCUGGCAAGUUGGCUUGUUCUAAAAUGUUGAACCCCUCUUGCACAUUCCAUGACCAGAAUCAGGAAUCUAACGUGUGUAUCUAGCUGUUGCUGGCUUGUUGUCACUUGAGUUUCUGAGUGUCUUUGUUAUUUUGUGUUGCUCUCAGGCACAUUUUGAAGCUGAUUUCUCUUGCCCAUGUAGAUUUUAGCCUUUAAGCUCUGCCGCCUCAAAAACCUUGUAAAUGAUGUAUUUCUAACAUGAUAUAACUAAGCUCUAACACAUUCACUGUUUGCCACCCAUGCCUCUGUCAUUGUUGGAGAGACUUUACUCUUAUACCAUCCAUGCAGUAUAGCGGUAAAGAAAUUGUUAGUUUCAUUGCACUUUGAUGGGUUUUGACAAUGACUAUAGGAAGUGUAUUUAAUUUUUUCCCAAUGAUACCAAAAGCAACAUUGAAGUAAAUCAAAAUUGCUCUGCUGUCCGAAGAAUUCACUGAAGAAUGACUGACGGCCUUUAUUACACGUGCCAAUUAUCAAUUUCAUCCUGCCUUUUUUCAACCUUUUUAUUCUUCCGUCCAUUCUGAAAGAAAUUCCUCACAUAAAGGAACUUUAAACAGCUCAACAGUUUUGAAUGUCCGCACUAAGUGCAUUGUAAUGCCUGUUUUAAAAUAAUACAUAUGUUUAAUACUCAAGCAUGUAUUGGUUUAUAAUACUUCAAGUUCCUUGUAUAUGUAAAUGAUGACCUUCUAGUGCCAACAUUAUCUCACUGGUAUUUGAGGACAACUUUAUAAAUGGCAAGGCGACCAGCUUAGCUGGCCCAGUUUGAAUACAUUACAAGUAUUCCUUCUCCCCUGCCUUUCUGCAAGGUGCUGAUGGUGAAUUAGUCCCCCAAAGCCCUGGGAUCAUGUUUAGAAGUGAGAGAUCCUCAGUUCUUCUUUGUCACCCGAGUCUAGUUUUGGCAUAAUCACGGAUACAAGUGUGCAAGUAUUCCAGGGGUUCAUACUCCCCUCUCCAGAUCUAUCUGUUAAGUGAUUUUUUUUUAAGCAAGGAAUGACAAAUGCGUUAGUGGUAUUCAAACUGGGCCUGGGACUUCAUUAUUUUUUAUAUUUUUUGUUUGUUUGUUUGUUUCUGUACAGUCAUGUUGUUCAACCACUGCAGUCAUUGUUAAUUCUUGUACAAGUUGUAUCACUGGUUGUUGUACCAUAUCUGACAUUUGUAAUUAUGAAAUAAUACACUGCCAUUUCUAUAAAAUACUAGUGUUU